GCCGACCGUUAGUUCCAAACCCUCCUGAUCCCGGCAUAAAAGGCUCCGACCCAAGGAAAGCAUCCGACCCAAACCCGACACUAGACAGCCCAAGCAAACGCCCGCGCACGCCUCUUCUCCCUGCCCAAGAAACCGGCAUGCCGCACCACCGCCGCCGCGGCGCGCCCGCCGAGGAGGCCCCGUCCCCGCGUCCCUCGGCCGCAGGCUGCUACGCCUUCCUCCGCUCCGCGCCGUCGUCCCGCCGCGCGGGGGGCUACCGGCGUCUCGACUCCGCGCCUGCGCCCAAGGGCGCGGACUCGGCGGCGGUGAGGGUGGAGGUCGGGACGACGAGGGAGAGAGCGAAGAGCGUGUUCCACGUGGACCCCGCCGUGCUGGAGGCCGGGCCGGUGCGGCGGCUGCUAGCGGCCGCGGGGAGGAGGCUCGCCGGCGGCGCGGUGGCGGUGGCGGUCGACGUCUUGCUGUUCGAGCACCUGCUGUGGCUGGCGACGACGGCCGGCAACGAGGAGGUGGGGUGUGAUGACCCUUCCGGUGACCUGUCGGAGAUCGUGGAGUUCUACUCACAGGACGACGACAACGACCACCUCGGGUUCUAAAUUCUAAUGCUAAGUUAAUGAUAUCUCUAAAUUUGUGUCAUUUACUUGUCGCUCUCAUGUGUAUAAUACAAGAUCGUAGUACUGCUAGUACGAAGGAGAAUAAGGCGCUAAUGGCCGUCUAUACUUUAUAAAUUUAAGUACAGUUACAUCUGUCUGUAUGUCAAUCAAACUGGGGAGGGCGGAGGGGGGCUAAGCCCCUCUGCGCCGGGUCACUGAACUGGGUUGGAUGCUUAAUAGUGCUAAUUACAAA